AUGUUGCAUGCACAAUCUUAUACAACCACUGCCACCAACCCAAUCUUACUCCCAAACUACUCUUUCAUCACUCCCAAGAAACCCAUUUCUCCGAGGCGCGUGGGUUCCACUUUCUGCUCCAAUCUUCCGCAAUCCUCUGUCACAUGUAGCCACCCGGAGCUUGUACAACCGAAACCGAAACUGAAACCGUUUCCUUCUCCACCGACUCAACGCCCUCAACCUCCUCCUUCACCAGCUGUAGAAUUGCCACCGAGGGUUUAUGUUGGUCAUGCACUUUACAAAGGGAAAGCUGCACUCACUGUGUCUCCUAGACCUCCGGAAUUCACUUCAUUGGAUUCAGGGGCGUUCAAGAUAUCCAAAGAAGGUUGCGUGCUGCUUCAGUUUGCUCCUUCGGCUGGUCCGCGCGUAUAUGAUUGGAACAAAAAACAGGUAUUUUCGCUAUCAGUGGGAGAAAUUGGAAAUCUAAUCAACCUUGGUGCAAAGGAGUCUUGUGAAUUUUUCCAUGAACCUUUUUUGGGAAAAAGUGACAAAGGUAAAGUGAGAAAAGUUUUGAAGGUGGAGCCACUUCACGACGGUUCUGGUCACAUGUUUAACCUAAGUGUUCAAAACAUGCCCGAGAACAUAAAUGAAAACAUCUUCAUCCCUGUCACAAAAGCCGAGUUUUCAGUGUUCAAUUCACUUUUCAAUUUUAUCAUGCCAUGCCUUUUAGGUUGGAAUGCUUUUGGUAGCUCUAUAAAGCCAGAAGUAUAUAUUGCAAGCCCAAAAAAAGAAGACCAUGAAUGA